AAGAGGCAGAGGUAACCCGGAUCCUCGAUGAGAGUGACGCCAUUCCAGGAAGGAGAAGGACAUCAGAGGGAACCAAGGAGCUGGAAAAGCCUUUUGAACUUGAAGUGAUGGACGACCCCAACAUUCCCGCAGUAGAGUUCGUUGUUAGCUCACCCUCUCGCUCAGGAAGGAAAGCUAAAACCGAUUCCAAAUUGAAAGCAACGCCAAGGACACACGACAAAGCCAAGACUACUUUACUCCGGAUGAAUACUCGGUCUCAGGCCCGGAACGUGGAGACAUGA